CCAAUACUCACAGGAAGGCCUUGUUGCAUGGGUAGGCAUUCACUCAAUUAACAACAACCGUGAAACCAUGGUCGCACCAACAAAUGCCAAGAAGGCAGACGACAGAAGGAACCAGACUGAUGCCCUUGAGAAAGAUGAGGUCGAGCUGCGAUUAGAGAAGGCUCUGUUUGGCGACGAUGCUGGCUUUCUAAAUUCUUUGGCUGGACGGAAGCCACAGCAGGUGGAGGGAGCAUCAACACGUGUAUAUGGUAGUAGUGACCUCGAAAGUCCAAGACUCGAAGACCAACAAGACAAUUUGAGCGAUGUUGCAGACGAAGACCUCUUUUUCCUUGACGCAGGAACCGGAGAACGUCCAAUACCGGUAUCCAAGGAUCUGGAACACACCGAGCCUUUGCACUCUUCUUCCCACGCCCAGCCAACAUGGUACGAUAGCGACGACGAUCGCAUCACAGUCUCACUCGCAUCACACACUCGGCUACGCAAACUACGCGACACAGAGAGCGACGACGUUGUGAGUGGCAGGCAAUAUAUUCAGCGCCUCCGCAGGCAGUAUGAAAGUCUACAUCCCACGCCGGACUGGGUGAAGUAUGCGAGGAAAAGGAGAAAACUAUCUGCACAAGAUGAUGGGGACAAAGACACAGAUUCGGACGUAUCCAUGGACGAGGGGAGCGACUCUUUACCUUCUGCGCAACCACUCUCGGAACUACUGCGCUCAGCCGGGUCAUUGACCUCUACAGCCAGACAACCUUCUCAAGAACAGAAGGGCCCGCGAAAACUGCGACCAGAGGUAAUCGAUAUCCAAAGGACCAAAGACGUCGCAGCCUCGGGCCCGUCCUCCAUCGACAGUCUACAAUUCCACCCUUACUACCCUCUCCUCCUCGCCGCCGGGCCCAGUUCAACGGCCACAAUCUACCACGUAUCCCCUCACCCUCCAAAUCCCAACCCGAUUCUUACCUCGUUACAUCUCAGAGGCACACCCAUCCACACCGCUGCGUUCUGCCGCCCCUCAUCCAGCACGGCUGUCACGGAUGCGGAGCACGAUCAAACGCACAUCUUCCUCUCCUCUCGCCGACGGUACUUCCACUCGUGGUCUCUCUCCACGGGUGGGGUGAAGAAAGUCACCCGUGCACUGUACGGCGACACGCGCAAGGAGCAGAGAACCAUGGAAUCGUUCAAGGUCUCCCCGUGCGGACGGUACAUCGGGCUGGUCGGCUCGUCGCGCAAAGGUGGCGGGAGCAUCAACGUGCUCUCGACAGAAACGAUGCAGUGGGUAUGUAGUUGUCGGGUCGACUCGCGAGGCGGCGUGGCGGACUUUGCGUGGUGGCGCAACGGCAACGGGUUUGCGGUGGUCGGCAAGAACGGUGAAGUAAGCGAAUACGACAUCGACUCUCGCCGGGUCGUGGCACGCUGGAUCGACGAGGGCGCCGUCGGGAUCACGGUGAUUGCUUUGGGCGGAGAACCCUCCCCCGGCCAGGCAUGCCGUGGUGGAAGUCGUUGGGUGGCCGUUGGGUCUUCGAGUGGCGUGGUGAACCUGUACGAUCGCCGAGGAUGGAGCACGGAAGCAGCUGAAGGUGCAGCUACUACUAACCCCCCGGGAACGGACGAACGGCCUAGGCCGGCGCGUGUGCUGGAGCAACUGGUCACACCGAUCUCGCACAUCGAAUUCUCCGACGACGGUCAGAUGCUGGUCAUGGGUUCGAGGUGGAAGAAGGGUGCCCUCAGACUGGUUCACCUGCCAAGUUGUACCGUGUACCGCAACUGGCCGACGGACAAGACGCCGCUGGGGAGAGUCAGUGCCGUUGCCUUGUCGCCCGAUGGGAGGUAUCUUGCCGUGGGCAACGACCAGGGGAAGAUCAAGUUGUGGGAGAUAAGCGAGUAGAUUCUUGUC